CUAAAUUACACCAUGCCGCCCCGUAAACGCAAAACCAAAGCAGCAGUACAGGAUGCUACUUCAUCUAAGAAGUCAAGCGGACCAGAUGAGUCUUAUGGUAAUGCAUGGCUUUACUUUGCGUCUAUGCUUGGCGUGGCUGUGUGCGCAAUGGCGGCUACGGUAAUGAUCUCGUUGAAUCAGCAGCACCAUGUGUGUGUGAAUUUGUGA